AACUCAAACGCUAAUGUCAGUUCCUGGAGUUCAGCUCGGCGUGCCUCAAGGGCUGUCUAACAAAGCCCCAAAUGGAGCCCAGAUUUCACCACAAGCAAUUCAACAAGCAUUAGCACAAAUGAAACCUAUCGCUAUUGGAUUGUCCAAUUAUCUCAGAGACAACAAGAUUUUAAAGAACAGAAAAGGCUUAUUGAACAAUACCGACGAUAUCGAAUUCUUCCGUUACAAAAGACUUGUACGUGCCCUUGUAAGCGAUGAUUUCAAGUCCAAACAAGCAGACCCUAAGAACAGGUUAGUCCCAAUAAAAGAUGCUAAAGCAGCUGAAGAGUUAUCCAAAGUGUUGAUUCAAACUCAAAUGAUUAUUCCCGUCACAAAGCUUCAUUUCCAUGAAAUCAGACAAACUAAUAAGAAGUGGACACCUAAAAGAGAUAAGCCUACUCUCAUCAAAAGCUCCAAGGCCGAGUUUUCACCAGAUAGUUAUUACAUGUGGAAUUAUACCAAGCCAAAUCCAUUUAUGAUUGUGUAUGGACUUUUAUUGAUUGCCGGUGUUUUCACCGUUAUUUUGUUCCCAUUAUGGCCCAGGAAGAUGAAAGUUGGUGUUUAUUAUCUUAGUAUGAGUCUCUUGGGUCUCUUGGGUUUGUUCUUUGCCAUUGCCAUCGUUAGACUUAUCAUCUACCUCAUUACGUUACUUUUCGGUAAGCCUUUCUGGUUGUACCCCAACUUAUUUGCUGAUGUGGGAGUCAUUGAGAGUUUCAUUCCUUUAUAUGAAUGGGAGAAACCCAAGAAAAGAAAGAGCACUGGCUCCAAGACCAGUUCUACGGUGGAAUUGAAAGAUGUAGAGUAAAUAAACUUCGCGCAGAAUAAUAAUAUCAUCACAAUCUGGAGAUAGGAAUGAAUAACAUCCGAUUCAACCAAGACAAUUCAUGUAUGGCUGUGGCAUCAGAUACCGAGAGUCGUAUCUUUAAUAGUGAACCCUUUGGAGAAAUAUAUACAAACGAUUCUCCUGUGUUCCUUUUAAAGGUACUUUUCUCGACCUCCUUAACGAUCAUAGUCCCUAAAGAGAAAGAUAACCGGCUUCUCAAAAUCUUCAAUUUGAAGCAGAAUCUUAAGAUAUGUGAGCUCAUAUUCCCUAGCUCUAUAGUCGAAAUCAAAAUCAAUAAGAAACGGUUAAUUGUGGUGCUAAAAAUAGGACAAAUAUAUAUCUAUGA